UUUAUGGCAGGUCAACCGAGCCGGAACCGGACGGCAAACCUUCCUCGUUGGGCAAUGGGGCCAAAAGAACGGCAAACACUUCCCUUGUUGGGCUACACUCCACGUAGCGAACCCAUGCACAUCGCUCUGCCAAGCGUCAGCAUGGUCUUUCUUCGUAACACCACUUUGCGGUUCGCUCUACGUCUGAAACCCUUGACAGUACUAUCAUGGGUCCAACCACCGAGCCAACGGUCAAUGAUGGGCUGCCGAAGAAGAUGAGAGCCUUGCAAUACAGCAAGCCGAGAGACUUCAAGGUCGUCGAGAUCGACAUGCCGGACCUUGGUGAAGAAGAUGUGCUGGUCAAGAUUAGCGCCUGCGGCGUAUGUGGAACUGACUUGCAUUUCCACGAGGGCGAAUUCAUGGCAAAGUUCCCACUGAUACCCGGACAUGAAGCGGCUGGCGUGGUUGUCGCCAUCGGCAGGCGCGUGACCACGGUUGCUGUUGGCGACAGAGUGGUCGCCGAUCCUAUGGAGCCUUGCCGAAGCUGUUUCUACUGUGUGCGCGAUCAGGGACUCCUGUGUGAGAACAUGAGUGGUUACGGCGGGACUGUGCCUGGCGGAAUGGCGGAAUACUGCCGCUACCCAGCGCGCCACGUCUAUCCCAUUGGCGAUCUGCCUUCUCUGGAAGCUGUACUGAUUGAGCCCGCCGCCUGCGCGUCCCAUGGUAUCGAACGCAUGUCGCCUAAGGUCGGCAGCACAGUUCUGCUGUUCGGCUGUGGUCCCACGGGCAUGUUAUUGGCUCAACUUCUACGACAGAACGGCGCAGCUAAUCUUACCAUCGCCUCCAAGGGUGGCCCGAAGCUCGACCUUGCAAGGCAACUCGAUCUUGCGGAUUCCUACGUCUGCAUUUCCGAUGACAACCCUUCGGAAGACAUGAAAGCCAUUAAGACGGCCAACCCUCACGGCUUCGAUAUCGUCGUCGAAGCAACAGGGGCUUCCUCCGUCCUCGAACAGUCCAUAUUCUACGUUCGCAAGGGCGGUACGCUCGUUGUUUACGGCGUCUACGACGACGCAGCAAAGGUUGCAUGGCCACCGAGCCGUAUCUGGACUUACGAGAUCACGGUUCUUGCAUCUUUCUGCAGUACACUCAAAUUCCCUGUCGUGCUUGAAUACGUGAAGACGAAGAAGCUGAAUCUCAAGGGAAUUGUGAACAAGACCUACCGAAUCGAGGAAUGGGCUGAGUGCUUGGAAGCUGUGCGGAAGCAACAGGUCGUCAAGGCUGCGAUUGUGUUCGACUGAUAUCCCAUCUGCGCAACCAGGGUGCCAGGACGACUUGUUGUGCCUUUAGCCGAGCAACGAGAACCACCCCACGAUACCCCACAUCUUCCAAACAGGAAGUAGCCUCGGCUUCACGAUGCGGAGCGGCACCGCAGUUUGUGUCUAUCUUUAAGC